CGCUGGCGUCGCCGCUUGAAGACGACGAUCUCCUCAGGAAAUCCUCCUCCGUCUCACGCCGCAGCCCUCCUCUCUUCCACGCGCCUCCGCCGUCUGCAAGCGGUGGCGAUGCACCGUCACCGUCCCCAGCUUCCAUCGUGGCUUCUGUGCACACCUCAGGAAGCCGCCCCUCCUCAGUUUCUUCGAGAACGGCGCGGAUGGCAUCGUGUUCAAAUCCGUCAUGGACCCUCCCAACCGUAUCCCUCCUCAGCGCUUCAAACCGCGUCUCCACGGCGUUGACAGCGACAACCGCUCGAGGGUCCGACAGCUUGGGUGCCGCCACGGUCGUGUUCUCAUCAUGCUCUCGCUGCAGCAGGAGCUUAUUGUCAUUGCCCCCAUGAACGGCGAGGAGUGCCGUGUGUCCAUUCCACUGGAGUUCAAUAAACGCUAUGUCAAUGGGGCGGUGCUCUGUGCUGCUACUGAUCACGCCCAUGUGCACGGAAACUGCCACUUGAGCCCAUUCAAGGUGAUCUUGCUAUCCACGAGCACCUACUAUAGUGGUCCACAACUCAUCUUAGCAUCUGUUUACUCUUCGAAGGCUGGCAUAUGGGGCGACGUCAUCUCAACUCCGACUCCAUGUGAGCUUCCUGGUGGCGGUACUCAUGGGUCACUAGUUGGUAAUGCACUUUACUGGUUGUGUAGAGAUUACAUGAUUGAGUUUGAUUUGGAUAGGCACAUCCUAGCUUUGAUCAGUGCCCCUCCCACUAUAAAUGAGUCACGUCACUUUUUUGACAUGCGUGAGGUCAUCCAGAUCAUGGAUGGCGCUGUUGGUAUCGCCAUAUUGUCUCACUAUUACCAUAACAUUCAAAUGUGGCAAAGGAAGGUUAAUUGUCAGGGUGCUACCAAAUGGGAGUUGUGGAAGACCAUUGACAUGCAUAACAUUGAUGGGAUCCCCCCUGGGGUUGAAGGAGUGAGGCCAGGGUUGUUAUUUAGACUGAGAUAUGCUGAGGAUACUGAUGAGAUAUUUCUAUAUGUGGGCCAUAAUGUCUAUAUGGUUCAACUUAAGUCAAUGCAAUCGAAGAAACUUUGUGAAAGCGGUUGUGUUAGUGCUCAUCAUUCUUUCAAGAGUUUCUGUAUGCCAGGCACAACCAUUGUUGGUGGAUGUGAUGGAUCCCAUACAUAGGAUGACUUUCUGUUUUGUUGUGCUGAAUGGUUCACCAGG